UCUAGACCUGGCAAAACUAAUCAGUUUUCUUUUCCUCCCUUUCUUCUUCUGAUGGAGAGUUCCUUGAAUUCUUCUAAGAAUAAAGCUAUAUCUUCCAAAGGAAAAACAAGGGUUGAUAAUUGUCCUGAGGAAAGUGGUUGGACUAUAUAUUUUGAGGACUUCUUGUCCAACAACCAGGAAACUACCUCUCGUUCUUCGGGUUUUGUUAGCUCUUCAUUGGUUUCUGAUGCCGCUUCUUGUGCUGCACGGAAAAAGUUUUCCGAUCAAGAUGGUGGUUCCGUUGGCUGUUAUUCACUGGUGGGAUCUCAGAAGUCCUGUAAGGAAUUAAGUUUCAAGAAGAGGAUGAGAACCAAGGGAGUUUGGGAUGAUGAUGAUUUAGAGGAUACUGCUAGCUCUCCUGUUAAUAGUCCCAAGGUUAGUAAUCUCAAACAGUUGGAUUUAAACCAAAGAAAGAAAGAUGAUCCUCUAGAAAGGUUUAAGAAGGGAAGUUCUUCUGGUCAGUACUCUUCAGAAAUGCAGACAAACGAGGGAAGUGAAUCGAUCGAGUUUUAUUGGGGGAGAAAAUGAUUGUACAGCACUGAAGAAAAGAGGGCUACUUUUGGUUCCUUCAUCCACGUUAUUCAACAAUCUUGGAUAAAUCCUUGUUAUCAUCUUUCCUUCUCUGGUCAUAGGCACAUGACACGAAAGAAAUUGAAUUGAUUUUAUUGUUUGAUAAAAUGACUCUACAGAAUUGCAGGAGAGGAUUUUGCUGGGUC